AUGGCAGACAAAGAUGCGCCUGCACGACCUCAGUCUUCGCACAGACUGCCCACUGUCUCGGCCUCGCAAGCUCUCCAGAGCCUCAAUGCGCGUGGCGCCCGCGCCGUACCGACUGGCCUGACGCAGCUUGACAAGCUCCUUUCCCCGCCAAGCCUGCCAGGCCACGAUGUUGCUGGAGGAUAUGCGCGAGGGAAGGUGACAGAAGUGCAUGGGCCGUCUGGUGUAGGAAAGACUUCGCUGCUUCUACAAGCUGCUGCCAAUGCCCUGCGCGAGGGGCAGCAUGUCUACUGGAUUGAUGGUGCAUGUGCGCCUCUGAUUCCUCAACGCCUUCAUGAUAUGCUCGCUGCGCCCAGCGGCACACCAUCUGAGUUCAGCCCAGAUGAGCUACAUAACUGCUUCCAUCACCUCGCCGCGCCGACACUCGCGCAUAUACUAGCGUUGUUCAUGCAUCCGCCUGCUUCCUUCCCCCAAUCGAAUGCGAGCCUUGUUGUCGUUGACUCACUAUCCACCCUUAUCGACAAUGCAUACCCGCGCAAUACCGACGACCGUGUGAAGAACAAGACCGACCAGUCCAAGUGGGCAGCUGGGCGCAGAUAUGCAGUCAUCAACGACUUGAUUGCGACAUUUACGAAAUUUGCGGCGCUCCACGACGUUGCCUUGGUUAUCACAUGCCAAACCAUCACGCGCAUACGAGGAGCCUCACGAGCGCUUUUGGUCUCUGCUAUAACUGGUAUCGAGUGGGAGAACGGCAUCUCUGCACGCCUGCUCUUGUUCAGAGAUUGGGUGCCACAGCAGGGGAAGGUGCAAGAUAAGGUCGGGGCAGAGAGAUUGCAGAAAGUCAGGUUUGCUGGCUUGGUCAAGGUCAAUGGUGUGGCCCUAGCCGACGAGGGUGGGGUGGGUAACGUGGUGCCCUUUGCUAUCGAGAGUCAUGGAUUUUGCGAUAUCGAUAUCACUGCCGAUGACACAGCAACAACCAUGGUACUCCCAAUCCAAGCCAGACCGCCCAAGAGGACAUUCGACGAGGUCGACGAGAACGUAGCCGAAGAGCCAAAUUCGGACGAAGUGUACGGUUGGAUCGAAGACGAUGGCGUCGCCACCGAGGGACUGCUGAUCGAUGACGCGCCCAUAACUAGCGGCAUGGACGCUCGACAAGACUCUGCUGCAAAAGGACGUAGUACGAAAGUAAUGCGAACUUCUACGGUAUGA